AUGCGUUUGUGGAAGCCAGGCUUAAGGAAAUCAGAAAAGUACAAGUCAUUUCAACGUAGUUGUCUUAUUCGAGAAUUUGAAACUAGACAAAAACAGUCGAGACAAUUAGAAAAACAAGUAUCGUCAAUUUUAAAAGAAUUAGAAAAACGUCUUUCGAAUUCAGAUUACGAUAAUGUGAAAAAAUUUUGUUAUAAUUCAGCAAAGAAAAAGCAUAGUGAAGUGGUGAAAAAUCAUAGAGACAAACUAGAAAGAUUAAAUAGAGGUCCAAUCGGUCAGAACUACGAAGAGAUGAAGAAUAAACUAAUUCACAACAUGUCAUCAUAUACGCUCUCAGAAGUAGAAGAGAGAUUAUUAUGUCGCGGUUGGGAUUUUUGUAUAGAGAAUAAGAUAAAGAAUUUUCUAGAUUUUGAAACAGACUUAGAACUAAAUGCUAUGAAGUUACAGCCACAUUGUCAUGAUUCAGUUUUUCAAUCAGUUUGUCGUCAGAUACAGCAUGCUUCGCAACAACUUAUGAGAACUUCGAAGCACAAGAAAGUAAAUAAUCUAUCAGAUGAAGAGUUAGCUGCGCUAAAAUCAUUGAAAUCGAAUAAAGAUAUCGUCAUAUGUAAGGCAGAUAAGGGCAAUAGCAUAGUCAUACUAGAUCGGGACGUUUACACGAAGAAAGCUGAAGAUAUUCUAAGAGGCGAACAAUUUGAACAGUUAGAUAGUGAUAAAUUUCAUCUAGAACGAGAAGAAGAACUAAACAAAUACAUGUUAUUUUUGUAUAAGGAGAAUGUAAUAGAUAAUAGACUUCGUCAUCAAUUGAAAUCAACAUGCUCAUCUAUUUCAGUCUUUUAUGGACUUCCUAAAGCACACAAAGCAGGAUAUCCAAUAAGACCAAUAAUAUCAACUAUAGGAAGUUAUCAGUAUCAACUAUCAAAAUAUCUAGCAAAAGCUAUUAGAGAUGCUCGUCCGCAGGCUCCAUCAUAUAUUAAAGAUUCUUUUGAGUUUGUGAAAAAGAUCAAAGAAAUAAUGCUUGAGAAGAAUAAGACGUAUGUGAAAUGUAGUUUUGACGUGGAAAGUCUAUACACGAAUGUGCCAGUCAAAGAAGCAAUAGAAAUAACAUUAGAUUACAUGUAUAAACCCAGAAAACUAACAAACGUACCUUUUAAUAGAGAGCAAAUGAAGAAACUUUUGUAUUUAUCAGUGACAGAUGCACCUUUUCGCUUCCAAAAUAAGAUAUAUAAACAGAUAGACGGUGUUGCCAUGGGUAAUCCAUUAGCACCAAUAAUAGCUGAUUUAUGGAUGCAGAAAAUGGAAGAGAAACUUAAUAGAUUUCGUAAGAACAAGCCCAUAGUCUGGUUAAGAUACGUGGAUGAUGUUUUUUGUCUGUUCACUAUUUCAGAAACGAGUAUUAGAGAUUUUCACUCACGUAUUAAUAAAUGGCAUGAGAAGUUGAAUUUUACACUUGAGCUUGAGUCGAAUAAGUCCAUUUCAUUUCUGGAUGUUCUUGUAACUCAAGAUGAAGAAGAUAAACUGACAACAUCACUGUAUCGGAAGCCAACUCAUACAGGAUUAUACAUGCUCUGGGAUAGCAAUCAAAACCGUCGUUAUAAACUAGGUCUAAUAAGAACAUUAGUAAUACGUAUAUAUAGAAUUUGUUCAAAACAAUCGUUAGUUGAAAGGGAAUUAAGUUUGUUAAGAAAGACAUUAGUUAAUAAUGGAUAUCCGCCACAUAUCAUCAGACGAGGGAUAAUCGAAGGAGAAGUGAUCAUUAAGAGAAUGAAUCAAAACCAAACGAAAGUCAGCGAUAACAGAAAGACCAUCUUCUUUACGAUCAAAUAUUAUGGACAAGAAUCAGUCAUUUUCGCGUCGAAAAUUAAGAAACAUUGUAGAAAACUAAUUCCUAAUUUGAACAUCCAGUUUGCUUUUAAAAAGAAUAUGAGCUUGAAGAGUGUAUUCUUACCAAUACUUAAAGGCACAGAUGAAAAUAGAAAGAAUAAGAACUUAGUAUAUUCUAUUCCUUGUUUAAACUGUGAUAAGGUAUACAUAGGUGAGACUAGUCGUAAGAAAGAAACUCGUAUGAGAGAGCAUCAAGCAAACAUAAGGACUCUAUCAACAAAAUCAAAAUUAGUAGAACAUAUUUUAGCGCACAAACAUCAAUUUGACUUUGUGAAUACGAAAACACUAGCAUUAGAAAAUGAUUGGAGGAAGCGUAUCAUCAAAGAAAGUAUUUUAACGAGUAGAACAUUAGGAAAAUCAAUAAAUGAAGUCAAACACAACAUUCAAGUAGUCGUAUAG